GUUGAUUUUAUUACUUGUUAUAUGGUAUCAGCCAUUCAUCCGAUUUCCCCCUUCUAAACCUAUUCGUCUCUUUCUUCUUCUUGGGAUCUCACCAUGACAGAGUCCUCCUCUUCUUCUUCUCCUCAAGAUAACCCUUUCUCCAUGAAUACUCUAUUGCACCCGAUGACAAUCAAGCUUUCCUCCAGCAACUACCUUUUAUGUCGGAAUCAUCUUCUUCUUCCCAUCUUUACUUAUCAGAAGCUAUUAAGGCAUCUCGAUGGUUCUUUUCCCGCUCCAUCGACAACCGUUACUGUUGAAGAAAAAUCUCUUCCCAAUCCAGACUAUCAGGUAUGGACUGAAGCUGAUCAGCGAGCUAUUAUUCUCUUGCAAUCUUCUCUGAAGAAGUUGCAGCCGAAGUUCUUGGUCUCACCACGGCUCGCAACAUCUGGCUCGCUCUUGAAGCUUCUUAUAGUAACGCAUCUGUUAAGCGCGUUCAUUCUCUGCGUGAAUCCCUUCGACAACUCACAAAAGGUACAUCUUUUGUUUUUGAUUAUUAUCGUCGAUUCAAGGCAAUAUGUGACCAACUCUCCUCAAUUAGUCACCCGGUUGUUGAAAUUGAUAAGUUGCAUUGGUUUCUUUAUGGUUUGGGUCCUUCUUAUGAAACCUUCUUCAUUGCGAUAAGGGCUACCAAACCUGCACCUUUGUCCCGUGAUUUGGUUAUACAAACAGAAAGUCACGAGUUGUUCUUACAGUCUCUUCACGGGUAGGGGUCGUUCCUUCAAUUAUCGAGGAUUAAACUCUCGUGGCAAGGGACGAGGUCAAGGUCGAAGACCACCUCAUUGCCAAUUGUGCAGAUAUAAUGGUCAUUAUGCGUCUUCUUGUCCGCAACUUCAUACCUAUGCUACUCAAGCUCCCUCUUCGGAUGAAAACUUAGCAAAGGCUUUCCAUGCACAAUGUCAUGUUACUAAAAACACUCCUGAUUGGCAUGUUGAUUCGGGAGCGACAUAUCACAUGACUCCAACCUGUGACUCACUCAAUCAUUCGACAUCAUAUUUAGGUAACAAUAAAGUUGUUUUUGGAAAUGGUAAGAAACUUCCAAUCACGCAUACGGGUUCAUCGACUAUUUUACAUCGUAUUCCCUUACGCAAUAUUCUUGUCAUUCCAAAUCUUACCAAGAAAUUACUUUCUGUUAGCAAGUUCACCACUGAUCAUCCGGUUGAUGUUCUAUUUUCUCAACAUUUUUUCAAUAUUCAGGAUCGGAAAACCAAAAGAGUUCUCGCUAAAGGAAGCUGUGAAAAUGGCCUUUAUGUGCUCAAGGAUGAACCCCACACUUUUGUUACCACCACCAGAGCUUCAAAAAGAGCCUCUUGUGAGUUAGGGCACGCUCGUAUAGGCCAUGUGUCCUUCGAUGAUAUUUCUACAAUGAAUAAAUUAGGAUUUUUGUCUAUUACUUCUUUGUUACCAAAACCUAUUGUUUUGCACACCUUGUCAACUUGCUAAAGGACAACGAUUAUCUUUUAAUCUUAAUUAUAAAUGUUCAUCUCAUCCUUUAGACUUAAUUCAUUGUGAUUUAUGGGGUCCAGCUCCUAUUUGCUCUAACGAGGGUUAUAAAUAUUAUGUUGCUUUUAUAGACGAUUACUCUAGGUUUACGUGGCUCUAUCCACUUACAACUAAGACAGGUUUCUAUUCGGUGUUACCUAAAUUUAUUAAUUUUGUUCAAACACAAUGCUCACGAAAGAUAAAAGUUUUUCAAAGUGAUGGUGGCACGGAAUUUGUUAAUCACAUGGUUCGCAAAUUUUUUGAAGACAAUGGCACAUUUCAUCGUUUUUCUUGUCCAUACACACCCCAGCAAAACGGUCGUGUGGAAUGCAAGCAUAGACAUAUUGUUGAAACCGGUCUAGCUAUGUUAUUUAACGCUCAUGUGCCGACUAGCUACUGGGUGGAUGCAUUCACUUCGGCAACAUUCAUUAUUAAUCGUUUACCGACUCCGGUGUUACAUAACAAUUCUCCUUUUCAGUUGCUUUUCAAUCAAGAUCCGCAAUAUGAGAAUUUUAGAACAUUUGGUUGCCAAGUAUUCCCUUAUUUACGAGAUUACUCUCAACACAAACUUGCACCAAGGAGCAUCCCAUGUAUCUUUAUUGGGUAUAGUCCGCAACAUAAAGGAUAUCGUUGUCUCUACCCUACCACCUCACAAGUUUUUAUCACUCGUCAUGCUCGCUUUAAUGAAAUGGUUUUUCCGUUUCACAGUUCUUCUUGUGACACGAACAUAAGUUCUUUAGAGCUCACUACCUUUCUCCAAGAUGCUUCACAUUUUCCAUUAUCUUCUCCUAUGUUAAAGAACCAUACAAAAGACGAUAGCAACAAACAUACUGCUCCAACCAUUUGUUCUUUAUGCAAGCCACCUACUGUUACUAUUAACCCACCACAUACGCCUACCCCAACUACAAAACAGGAAAUUCUAACCGUGCCUUCAUCUAGUCCUAUGCAAGAUAUUAGUACCACGCCCAAGUUCUACCAAUGUUGUUGGCUCUAAAUGGGUGUAUUGUAUCAAAUAUCAUUCUGAUGGCACCAUUGAAAGAUACAAGGCUCGACUAGUGGCCCAAGGAUACACUCAAAUUCCGGGUCUUGAUUACUCUCAUACGUUUAGUUUGGUUGUUAAAGCAGCUACUGUUCGAAUUGUUCUCUCUCUUGCAGUCUUGAAUAACUGGAAGUUGCAUCAACUUGAUGUAAAAACGCAUUCUUAAAUGGCAACUUAGAUGAGACGGUCUUUAUGGAACAACCUCCGGGAUUUUCCGAUUCUCAAUUUCCCAACCAUGUGUGUAAGUUAUCUAAGGUGCUUUAUGGCUUAAAACAAGCUCCACGAGCUUGGUUCCAACGCUUGAGCACUUUUCUUCUUUCAUAUGGCUUUAGUUGCAGUCGUGCAGACACUUCUCUCUUUGUGUUCACAAAUGUCUCAUGCAUCAUGUACUUACUCGUAUAUGUGGAUGAUCUUAUUCUUACAGGAAAUGAUGAGACUGCUAUUGCCAAUUUUAUUUCUCGUUUAAAUCACGAGUUUUCCAUCAAAGAUCUUGGUUAUUUCUUGGGCCUUGAAGUUACUUACCUAGACAACGGUCUUUUUCUCACUCAAUCAAAGUAUGCUAGCGACAUUCUCACAAGGGCUGAUCUUUAUGAUUCUAAACCCGCGAGCACGCCUCUACCUCCCCAUGCAUCCUUUAAAACAGAUGGUACGCCUUUUAAGGAUCCAACUCUCUAUCGAUCUUUAGUCGAGGCUCUUCAGUAUUUGACAAUCACACGACCAGAUUUGUCUUACGCGGUCAAUCAAGUUUCUCAAUUUCUCCAAGCCCAAACGGUUGAUCAUUUUCAAUCUGUUAAACGAAUUCUUCGGUAUGUUAAAGGCACCAUCUCCUUUGGUCUCACUUACAGUCGGCCUCACAAAAAUUCCAUACUUGGCUACUCUGAUGCUGAUUGGACUCGUUGCUUAGACACACGUCGCUCUACAUAUGGCUACUCUAUUUACCUAGGUGGGAAUCUUGUGUCAUGGAGUGCUAAAAAGCAACCCACUGUCUCACGGUCCAGUUGUGAAUCUGAAUAUAAGGCAAUGACCACUACUGCUACUGAAAUAGUAUGGAUUACUCAUCUCUUAAGAGAGUUGCAUGCGCUUCCUCCAGAUAGACCUACAAUUCUUUGUGAUAACAAGAGUGCUCUUUUUAUGACACAAAAUCCAGUCUCACAUAAACAUGCCAAGCACAUUGAUUUAGACUAUCACUUUAUCCGGGAAUUGGUUAGCUCAGGCAAACUCUUCACAAAAUUUGUUCCAACCAAUCUUCAGGUGGCCGAUAUCUUCACUAAAAGUCUUUCACGUCUUCAGUUCGAGACUUUUCGUACCAUGCUACGCCUAGGACCACCACCGUUUCAAUUGAAGGGGGGUAUUAGUGGAUAAUAUUGUUGUGUAUUUAUCUUAUUUAUUGUAUUUACUUAUCUUCUUAUUUGUAGGGGUAUUUGUUGUAAAUCCAUUCUAUAUAAUCGAUUCUUUCCUCAUUAAUUAUGAGGUUGAUUUUAUUACUUGUUAUAGAUAUU